AUGGGGCUCAAGGUGUUCUCUAAGGGAGACGAGUACCUCACCACCCUGGAGGACGGCACGAUGAUCAGCGGCUGGGACACAGGGCUGGCGGGACUCCGGAAAGGGGACCGCGCGCUUAUCAAGUGCACCUCGCGGUAUGGGUACGGUGCCGAGGGCGUCACCCCCAUCGUUCCCCCGAACGCUAACCUGGUGUUCGACGUCGAGCUCCUGGAGAACGAGGGCAACAUCAUGAACCCGGCUACCUUCGUCGACGCGAACCCGCUCACCCCCCGUACCCCGGACACCAUCGCCGAGGCGUUCGACUCCAAGAGCAGGCGGAAGGCGUUGGCGGCGGCCGACGUGGAUGAGCUAGAAGGGCUUGACAAGGUCAUCGCAUGGGCCAAGAACAUUUACAUCUUCGGGCUCUUCGAGGGAGAGACCGGGGAGGAAGCUCCCUGGUACCUCAAGCCGCUCAUCACUUUCCCCAUCAUGAUCACCAUCUGCGGCGUGGCGUUCUACGCGGUCCUUCUCUUGGGAGGCGUCACGACGGACAGGGGAACCGGGGUGCAGGACGACCCGAUGCUGGCUUCCCUCGGGGCGUACGCGUUGCGACAAAUGGGCGAGGCGCUAGCGUAA